AUGGAGAGGGACGCAGCAUGCUGCGGGGCCGAGCGCCGUGGGGAGAAGGGAAGAGCGCGUGUCGCCGGCACCGGAGCAGACGGCCGAGGUGACGCCACCUUCCCCACCACAAGCGCAAGCGCCUCGAGGAGUCAAGUUCCCAUCUUACCACACCGUGGAUUUUGCCCUCAAGACAUAUCUAUAGACAGGAUAGCUGUCCACCGUUCACGUCCAUGCAAUUCAACCAAAGUUCAUGUGUCUAAUCUCUCAUCGAUACUGUUAUCUGUUGAAUAUCGUGAACAGGGAAGGGAUAUUGUAGAUGCUUCAAUCCUAAUGGCGGAGAUUGUCGGUUCUGCAGUUGUUCAGGAGUCAGUAAGCCAAAUCGUAUCUGGUCUGCUUCAAAAAUAUGAAGAUAAACACAACUCAAAUGCGUUCCGAAACCUUGAGAGGCUAGAGAUGGCACACAUCAGGCUGGAGGCUGUUCUUCAGACAUCUGAUAAGUGGGAUAUCACUGAUACAUCCUUGUUGCGUUGGCGUAGGAAGCUUAAGUCUGCUGCUCAAGAGUGUGAUGACACGCUGCACAGAUGCAGGCAGAGAAUCCUAGAAGAUGAACACAUAGAAAAGGAAGUAAGCAAUUCCUCCCUUCCUAAGCGGGUUGUGCAUGCUACGAGGUCAUUCGUUUCUUCUAUCUUUAACCACAACAAUGAUGACUUGAAUAUAUCCAUUGUUCAAAGAUUUGAAUGGUUUGCUGAUGGUGCUAGCGAGUUUCUGAGAUUACUAGAGCUUGGUGGCACGCCACGGUGUCACAUGCCCUUUGACCCUCUUAUCAAGCACCUUCUUGCUGGCAAGAUACUACAACAUAGAAUCAUUAGAGCAAACAAGUGCCCAUUAUUUCUACUGUUAGUGCCAUUUAUAACUGCAGAUCAUGGAAUAGAAGAACAGGUUAUUCAUGUAAGUCUAUCGUGCCAUGUCUCACUCUCAGAGUGCGACAAACAGAAGGCCUCACAGUCAGACUGUAGAAGUUUUCUACGUGAUCAUCCAUAUCUGAGAGCUGGAGUCGUCUUUGCACUACAUGGCUCUUCAGAAGACGUGUUGCUUGUGGAUAAGUUUCCUGCAAUAGCGGCAAUGUACAGUGAGGAGCAACAUUGUUUGCAUACUGUCUUUACCUUGGGACAACUCGAGGAGAUCAUGCUGCCAAAAGCAGUAGAUUACUUCUGCCAGAAUGAGGAAGCUACAGUCUACCAGAUUCUUUGGAGGUCUAGGCAUGGCACUGCAUACAUUCAGGUUGAGAGAGCAAGCAUGUUCAUGCCAAGCACACGACAAACGUUUCAUGGAGCUAAGAGAAGGAAGCUAUUGCAAGGACAGGGUGAGAUGUUGGAGUGUGUAACAUAUAGGGCCUCUCGAUUCCUUGAGUUAUGGGCUACAUAUGCACCCAUCCAAUUGCAUGGCUCGAUCUUCAUAUGA